CCUCUUGGGAAAAACAUCAAGCGGACAUCCUUGUAGUCAUUCUUUGCAGAGAAGAAGGUUGGUUCAGCUUCUGAAGUGCUGUUCUGAGAGCAGAGACUUGUAUCGGUACAUCAACCUUUUAAGAUGGCAGGAUCCGUGGUCCUCUUUGCCGGCUUAUGCAUUGCGAUCCAAAUUUUGUCAGGAUUUGCUGACAAGCUGUCCUUGAGCAUCGAUUGCGGAGAUUCAACGGGUACGCGCACCGACGAGCUGGGCAUCAAAUGGGUCGGCGACGGCGAUUAUAUUAACACAGGGCAAACAGCGAAGGUCCAUGUUAACAAUUCAUACUACCAAGAACAGAAUACGCUCCGUUACUUUCCCUUCCAAAAGAAGAGCUGCUACGUGAUACCAGGCGCGGCGAGGGGAAGGAAGCACAUGAUACGGGCAUCCUUCUUCUAUGGUAACUACGACGGGAAGUCAUCGCCACCAUCCUUCGAUCUUCAGUUUGAUGGCAAUCCUUGGGUGACAGUGGAGACUUCAUCCAGCGAGUCCUACUAUCAUGAAGUAAUAUAUGCACCCAAGAGAGACAACAUCAGCGUUUGUGUUGCUCAGACGUCGCCCGACCAGAUACCCUUCAUCUCCGCCCUUAUAAUUAGGGAACUUGCGCCGGAAGCGUACGAUACGAACGACAUGGAAGACGUCCACCGCUGGCGGAAAAGGGUAGCCUUUGGGGCGAAGGACUUCGUAAGGUCUCCUGAUGACCCCUACAAUCGUUAUUGGCAUCCAAGUGGUGAGAUCGACGAAGUAGUGACUGUGAAGAGAGAUAACACGAGCUUCAUCAAAAACUUCACCGAUAUUCCGGGACUGAUCUAUUUAAUUUUGAUCUACUUAAUUUUGAUUACUGUGGAUUCAUGA